AUGAAAUUAUUCGCAAGAGAUGAUACGGUGGUACCGGCCCCAUGCUUCUCCAUUUGCAAUGAUUGCUACGUAGAGGUCCAGACCAUUGGGGAAAAUCCUGAGGUAUGUUCAACGGGCUCAACAUUUCAGGAAUGCUAUUCGAGAUGCAACGCAUGUAUAGAUGCCAAUUCAGCCGACGCGAACAGCACAAUCCAGGCUUAUCUCGACCCCAAGUUCAGGCAGUAUCUUGACUAUUGUUCGGGAAGUGCGCCAACUUCCGCCUCCCCCACCACCUCCACCACCGCCUUCCCAGAUAUUCCAGCUUCGAUGUUAACGACUGUCACAAUGCGUCUGCUAAUGCCUGUCACUGGCCUCGACGGCAAGAUCGCCGCCUCUCGUUUUAUGCCUACCACAAUCACGAGAGAGCGGGAUGAAGCUACUAGCUCUCUUACAGUAACAUCACUAUCCGUUACCUCCGGAGUUGCGUCAGCCAGCGGCGUAGCAUCAUUACAACCGACGGAUGAAACGCCGUCUGAGAAAAGUAACGUCUGGAUCGCCGGCCCUAUUGUAGGUGCAAUCUGCGUGGUUGGUCUUGCCCUCGGAGGCUUCUGGUUCUUGUGGCGACGGAAAAGACAAAGAGGUGUACAACCAGCGGUUAAGGAUGGUGAGGGAAAGAGCAAGUUUGAAAAGGCCGAGCUGCACGCAGACGAUGUUCCCAAAUCGCCCCCAAUGGAAUUAGAAGAAUGCGCGGUGAGCGCGGUCGAAGUCCCGAAACCCUCACUGAGCGAGGUCUUUGAAGUCUUCAAGCCAUACACGGACUACUGCGCGGGACCCGGCAUCAUAAGCUCAUACCCUCAGUCGUUGCUGACAACCGCUGUCCGCACACAAAUCUUCGCCCUUACCGGGUUCGGUAGUACUGAGCCUGGCUACCCCGAGAUCGUAAUAGCCACAAUUACCGAAAUGAGACCUGGAGUGUUCACCCCGCCGGCUACCUCGCAGCCUACCUCGCAACCAGUGGAGUCAACUGCUUCAGGUGCGCCGGAGAAUACUGUUUCCUAA